AUGAACUCGCUAGUGUGUUUUGCUUUCUUGACUGUUAUGAUCAGUAUGGUGUGUGCUAAAGACUUGUAUCGUGGCUGUAUUUAUGUUGAAGGAAGGUGUUCAGAAGAAUGUGAAGAAGGCACCUACUCAUACACCACUGGUUGUGGGUAUUUGACUAAAGAACCGACGUGUGAUGAACCCAAUCCCAAACCAGACACAGAUGGCCAUAUUUGCGACUUCUCUGAUUGUUACUGCAACCCUCCGACGGUACGUCAUACGAAGACCAGGAAAUGUGUUAAAUUGGAAGAUUGCAAGAAAUACGACUAG